UGGGUUUUUGUUUCUGCUCGCCCAAGAGGAGGUGGAAUAUAUUAAUCAUUAUCUGCUUUUUUGGAAAGCAUAUAUACUACCUUCCUUCUUCAUUGCAUUGCUUGAUGCAACAGCAUCUGAAGAAUCACUUCAAGAUGAGACUGGAGUAAGGAUGGUAGCUUUAUUUGAUCAUGAAGAAGUGGGUUCUGACUCUGCACAAGGUGCGGGUUCUCCUGUCAUGUUGGAUGCUCUCUCAAGAGUAACCUCUUCUUUGAGUGGUUAUGCUUCUAAGGCAUCACUUGAGCAAGUGAUCCAGAGAAGCUUUCUAGUAUCUGCUGACAUGGCACACUGCUUGCAUCCAAAUUACACGGAAAAACAUGAAGAAAACCAUCAACCCAAGAUGCACAAUGGCCUUGUCAUAAAACAUAAUGCAAAUCAACGUUAUGCAACUAAUGCUGUGACAUCAUUUAUUUUCCGAGAAAUUGGAAAGAAGCACAGGCUUCCUGUACAGGAUUUUGUGGUUCGAAAUGAUAUGCCGUGCGGAUCUACCAUAGGUCCAAUUUUGGCGAGUGGAGUGGGCAUUCGUACAGUAGAUGUUGGGGCACCACAGUUGUCAAUGCAUAGCAUACGAGAGAUGUGUGGGGUCGAUGAUGUAAUUUAUUCUUAUCAGCACCUGAAAGCAUAUUUCGAGGAGUUUACAAAGCUUGAUUCUCAAAUCCAGAUUGAUUUCUAAUUUUAUGCUAUAGCUUGAUGUAAAAAUAUUCUCCAAUUUAAUGCUGAUGUCCAUGCUGGGGGAAGGAUCAUAAGUUAACUCCACUUAACGCAUGAAUUUUAAGUAUCUAUCUUAUUAUGGAGGGUUUGACUGUUA